AUGAAACAUUUAGGAUGUAGUAACGAAGCAUAUGAAGACGAUGCAUUAUGGCUUUUUCCACGUAUUUAUCACGAUGCAGUUUACACUCUAAACGAAGCGCGCCCAGGUAUGGGCCGCAGUAUUAUUAAACCGUGGGACGAGCGGCUCAAUACAACAAAGAUUCUUGAAAGCGAUGCUGAUGCACAACUGAUUGUGUAUAUUCCUUUUACAGGCACUGUAAAGCUCAAAAGCAUCGUAUUACGUGCUUUGCCAGACACAUCUUCUCCUCAGACGUGCCAUAUAUUUAUGAAUCGCGAUGAUAUCGACUUUGACACAGUUGAAUCACUUACACCUAUACAGACACUUAAUCUUGUUGCACCAGAGAAUGCAGGCCAGGCAACACCCAACCUACUCGAUCAUACAGAAACACAUGUUACAAGCCACACCGUUGCAUCCAUACCGUAUUCACGGCACAUCUAA